ACUGGUGCAUGCGCAGCACAGGUGACAGCGUUGUAUCUCCAUGUUUUGUUUACAAAUAGUUAGAUUGUUGUUAGCCUAGAGAAAAUUUGCAACUACCUGAUACCUCUGAAAUCCGCCGGCCGCUGCGAAUUGUGAUCUGCGAUCGAUCGCCAGUCGCCACUCGCCGGUUGUAGUCGCCACUCGCCGCACGAGUGUAGUGUGUAUGACUACAAAGUACUGGAUUGAUGACGAUUGUAUACGGGAUACAGGACUAAAUAUUUAUCAAUAAAUCAUUGGUGCUUGGAAAUACUCUCUUUUCUAUUGAAGAAUGAGGAGUGAAGACUGGAGUGUUGAACAUUAAUGCAUUAUUACAACUAUCGAUGUAGAAGUAUCUGCAUCUGCGCAUUAACUGACCCUCAACUUGUGCCACAAAGCAUAACACAUUAUCGCCCUUAAGGAUAAGGACAUAAGGCUUACACUUCUAUACUUCAUAGACGAGUAUACAGUCUUAAGCCUUUUUACUUGUCUCUCUCACUAGUCAGUAGUCUUACUACCUGUUGGAUAAAUUCAAAUACCUAUCUAUAACAAUUUUGUUGUAUCAACUUCCUAGUUCUUUCUAUAGACGACAUUGUUAAGCACAUUACACGCUGUGAAAUACGACGCUAUUGUGAUCAUGGAAAACGAAGCUGAUAAACGAAUAAGACUUGCAAGACUAUUGUUGAAUCUUGGUCAUUCAUAUCUGCAUACUGUUGAAAUAGAAAAUUCAGAAGGAGAAAGUGGAGAAACUGAAUCUGGGGAAACUGAAGUCGAAGAAACUAAAUCUGGAGAAAAAGAAGUGCAAGCAAAAUGUAAUGUAAGUAAACAACAGAACACAGAAGAAGAGGAAGAACAAUUUGGUAAACAACAUAAUGGUAAAGUAAUUAAACAACAAGAAUUGGAAAAAAAAACAAAUCUAGAAGAUAUAACUCAGCAGUUGUCUAGAGAUAUACAACAAAAAUCUUGCGAAACUUUACCUGUUAAAGUUCACACAGAAAAACAUGACCUGGAAAAAGAAGUUGCAAAUAAAUCUAAUGAAAAGAAUCAUGAGUUUUUAAUUGACUUACCAAAAGAAUCCAAUAACACAGGUCAACAGAAGUUAGAAUGUGGAGUAGAUUUAAUAGGUGAAGUGCAAGAGGAAUUUAGUAAAAAACAGCAAAAACUCCAUACAGAUGACCAACCAAAAAUUGAUAAAGAUAAGGAACACGAAGGUGAUGAAAAACUAAUUAAAGAUUCUGAAAAUGAAAAAAAAGAAAUACAAAUUCAGUUACUAAUUGAAGUCCCGCCCAUGCCUGAUGAAGAAGUGGAAUUAUACUUAGAUGUGCAAGUUGAUUCAGAGUGUUUUAAAGAACUUAAUAUACAAAAGCAGGAAGUGCUUGGAGAAAAACAACAAACAAUUGAUAAAAAUCAAAAAGCAUUUGACACAAAUAUGAUGCACACGGAUCCCAAAUUUGAUGAAGUAAACAUAUCACAAGACAUUGAAAGACAUAUUCAAAAUAAAAUAAACCAAAAAUCAGAGCAAAAUAUGGAGGAAGGAGAAAUACAACCAGAAUUAAAUGAAAAUUUGCAAGAACAAUACAAUAUUGAUGUACAGCAUGAUGAUAAAGAAUUACAGCAAGAUGAUGAUGAAGAAGCACAAACAAAUAUCCAUAAGGAAACUAUGGACAAAAAUCAUAAAAGAAUACUACAAGAAAUCGAAUCACUUAUACGUGAUUUUAAAAAUAAAAAAAAGACUGAGAAUGAGAAAAAAACAUACAAUAUAAAUGAAGAUGAAAAAUGUGACGAUUUGACAGCAAAACGAAUUGCAAAAAUAACAAGAGAAAUUGAAGAAUUAGAGUUAGACAUGGAACAAGAGCAAGAUGAAGAAUUAGUAAAGGAAUAUAUUGAUGAAUUUAAUCGUAUGUUUUCAUCAGUUGUCAAAGAAAAAUUCUUAGAAAAACUACUUCUUUCAUUUAAUGAAGAUGCAGCACCAUAUUAUAAAAGAAUUGAUAAUUUGCUUAAUAAUUAUUUUCCAACUAAAUUAGAUACAACUAAUGAUAAAAUAUCAAUAGAUCCUACUUGUUCUAAAUUUAAUGAAGGUCCUAUAGAAAGGUCUGAUGUAGCCAAUGAUGCAUUUGAAGAAACACAAGAAAAGUCCGAUAAAAGAAUUGAAGAAGUAAAACAAGGGUCUGAUAUGUACAAAUUUGAAAUACUUCCAGAAGAAUCUGAUAUAGAAAUGGAAGAAUUUGAAAAUAAAGUAGUACAAGAAAUGCCUUACAUUGAAAACGAAGACGAAACACAAGAAGAAUCUGAUGUAGAUGUGGAAGGAUUAUCAAAUCCUGACAAUGAAGUAACAGGAGGCUUAGAUUGGAACUUACAAAUAGAGUCUGAAAUAAAUGCAGACGAAUCUGAUGGACAGUCAUUACAAGAUAGCGAAGAAGAAUUAGAAGAAUUAAAUGAAGAUGUAAACAUAGUAACUGAAAUAGUUUAUGAUUAUGAAGUUGAAGAAGAAGCAGAAUCUAGUUCAGUGGAAGAACUUGAUUCAAUUGAAAAAUCUGAUGCUACAAAUAAUGAAUUUAGUUCUAAAGAAAUAAAACAGUGUAGUGAUGAAAUACAACAGGAGAUUGAUAAAAAAGGACAAGUUAAAUGUAUUGGUAAAAUACAUGAAUUACAAGGAGAUUUACUAGAAAAAAUUGAUAAUGAUAAACCUGAGAAAUUUGAAGAUUUACAACUACAAAUGGAAAUAGAAAAUAUACAAGAUUUAGACGAAAUACCAUUAAAACUAAAAAUUCAGCAAGAACAAUUAGAAGAAAAAUUGCAUCAACAAAUGAAAACCUUUCAAGAAGAAUUCUAUAAAAAUUCAAAACUUGAGUAUGACAAAGAACAACAGUUAAAAGGUAAUACAUUAAAUGACCCUGUUUAUGAUAAACAGCAAAAAUUGUUUUAUGAACUAAAGGGCAAAUUUCUAAAAACAAAAGAAGAAUAUAAAGAUUUAGUACAACAAAAAAUGAUUGAAGCAUUACAACAAAAAGUUGAUGAAAAACAGUUACUAGAAAUGAAAGAAUUUCCAGAAGAGUUUGUUGAACCAAAUAUAGAAAUAGAUGAUCUCCACAAGGAAGUUUUGCAAUUACAACGUGAAUGUACUGAGUUAGAGCCAGAAUUUAGCUAUAAUAUACCAUUAGUUGUUGACGAAAAACCAAGCAAUAAGAAAACUCAAAAAGUCAAGUAUAAUUUGUAUGAAAAAUUAUUUGAAAUACACAAAAAAAAAUUAUGUUUUUUUGCUGAUUCUAAAGAGUGGCCUGAAAAAUAUUUAUACCCAUCAAGUUUGCUGGAUGAAUUAUUUGAUGAUCCUUCAGAGGUUAAUCCUAAUUUUUUUGUGAUCACGUUGUACUCUGUUGACAUUGGUUAUUCAAUUAAAAUAACCAUGAAUAAGAAUACACCACCAGUUGAAACUUUUUAUAGCUACGCUGAAGAUUCAAUAUUAGAAUUUGUGGAAAAAGAACAACUUCCACCCUGCUUAUUACAUUUGUUUGAUAAAGCUAGACCAAGGUUAUUUUAUAAUGGAUGUGUUAUAGCAGAAAUUCAUGAUAAGUAUUAUUGUGAAGACUCAAAAAAAGUAUAUCGAAUCUUAUUGCAUCCUCAUGCUUUGUCCAUUCAGAGUGAUGUGAAUCGAAUAAUUGAGAAAUGUAAGCCUGCCCAUUGUUCAUACGAACAAAGACUAAAGAUUGAAAGUGAUUUGCUGAGACUAAAUUUUCCUGUAAUGUGUAUGGAUACGGCGCCUAUUUCUGGUUUAGUUGUUCAGUUACAACACCAAUUGUUAAGUCGUCGAACCAUAAAUCUAAACCCACUAAAAAUCAAAGAUCCUUCCAACUUUGAAAUGGAUUUGUCUAAAAAAUCGCAAGACGACAGAUUACCUAAAACAGAAUUGAAUAAAUCACAAAAAUCAUCUUCAACAUCGAUGAAAAAUACUACAAAUGACAAUAUUAUUCAUCACCUUUUAUGGAAGUUUGAAUUCCGUAUCCAAACAUUUAAACUUAUCAAAUUAUACAUUUUUGUAGUAACUGAAACUCUAGAGUAUUCUAUGUUAUUGUGUAUGAACUCAACUGUUCCACGUUCUAAAAAAAUGAGGUUUAAAAUAAAUCUUGAAACAAAUAAAUUAAAAGCCUAUAUUGAUGUGAUAUUAGAAAUUCUUAAAAAAAAUGUUAAUCCUGACAUAUUAGUGGUUCGAAGAUAUAAAAGUGACGAUAAAUCAGUACCUCAGUCUAUUACAUGUGUUCCAUCAUUGUUGAAUGACAAUGUUUACGAACCUGGUUCAGCAGAUAUUUCUAAGUUUCUAGAUGAGUUGUUAGAAUUUAUACCUAAAUGUGACCCCCAAUUUGAUCAACAAAAGACUGAUGAAACAAAAGGAUAUUUAAAAGUAAAUAAAAAGGUGGAAUCAAAGAAGAAAGAUGUUAGUACAAAAUCGUUACCAAGAAAUUUAGAAAUGAAUAUGGAUCAAAAAAAGAAGAAACGAGUACAAGCUUUUGAAUCAAAAAAGUCAAUUCCUCACAAAGUUGAAUCAUCAUCAACAAGUAGAAUUUGUAAUGAUUCAAAAUCGUUAAAAAGUUCAACAACACCAAUAGAUGUUUCGUUUGGUCUUAAGUCAUUACCAAAAAAAAAACUGAGCUCAGUUGAACCAUCAGGAUUCCCAACAGGAUCAAAAUCAAAUAUUUUACUCAAUGACAGAUCCAUUAAUGUAAUUCACAAAGAAUCAGACACAAUUUCAGCUCAAGAAAUAUCAUUUGUAUCGAGUCCCAUGACUAUAUUACCAACAGUAUCAAGUCAUAUUACUGUAGUGUCAUUAGCACCUAGAUAUAAAACAAUAUUUUCAUCUGCUGCUUUAAAUACUGAUUAUCGGCUAGCAUCUAAAAAUUUAGAAAGAUUUGAAGAUCAUAGUGUGAGCAAAGAUAUUAAAUCUAUACCUGUUAUGCAAUCAAAAAAAGAUCAUACAAAGUGUUUGGGAAAAAAUGAUUUUUCACUAAAAACAUCUUUUAAUAAUAUAAACAGUAAACCACCUAACUUGGUAAGGGUAAAUUAUAAAUCAGAAUUAAGUUCUUGUGAUGCUGAAAUGGAGAAGAAUAUAACGGUUGUAAAACAUGUACAUCGUAAUUCAGUCUGUAUAAAAGGCCCAGAGACCAUUAUUAAAAAAAAGGAACUGCCUCUAAUAGCUGAUUUAACAGAAAGAACAUUUUCAAAUGAACCUAAUGUUUGUAAUGAACCUCAGGAUACUACUGCUGCAUAUUUUCAGAAAAAAACACAACGCUAUGAUGAAUUAACUACAAAUGUAGAUACUUUGUCUAACUUAAAGGUUGUAUAUCCUGUUAAUAAAUCGGUUUCAUCAUCUUCAAAAAAGUUCAAUAAUCAAGAUCAGAUGAAUGAUUUUUCAUUUCAAGAAAUAGAUUAUACUUCAUCCUCAAGUUCUAAAGAUAUCAAAUCUGCUAAGCGAAAACGACCUUCUUAAAUACAUGUAUAAUUAAUUUUUACAACUUAAUAUUUUAUUUUCCAUACCAUCUGAAUACAAUAAAGAAUAUCAAAAUAUUCUUAUUAGUACCUAUUUAAUAUUAGUUGUGAAAUGAAAUGUAUAAUAUAUAAAUUAAUUUUGCUGAAAAUUGACUUUAUUGUUGUGAGUACUUUUUUUUACGAUAAGAAAAAACAGCUUUAAUUGGUAAUUGGUAUGACCAUUUCUGGUUAUAAUUAAAGUAACUAUAAUAUUUAUUAAACUUAGUACAUACUAUUAUAAGAUUUUAAUACAUAAUUUACAAUUUAGUUUUAGACUAGUUUGACAAUUUUACAUACAUUAAUUGUAUAAACUAGUACCUCCUACCUAUGUAACAAACUUGUUUUUUAUGUAUUUACAGGUAGCCUUUUAUUAUGAAUUAAGUUUAUUGGGAAUGUGACAGUCUUGUUAAAUAUUUAAAUACUUGUAUUUAUGUACUUUUUUGGUAUUUCAAAUACUUCUUUAAGUUUUAAAAUACUUUCAAAAUACAUCUUUGUAUUUUAUUUCAGAAUACUUAAUAUUUUUUUAAACCGUCUUAUUUCAACAAACACAUAAUAUUCUUCAAAUAAUAUUUUAUAAUGCUUCUAAGAAUUUUUAAGCUUUCAUCAAAUACGCAGAUGACACAAUACUUAAAAUUAAUAUGUACCUUGCUGAAGUUUAACUUGACAAUAAAAUAGGUUUGUGACAUCUGAAAUGUUGAGCCAAUUAAAAAAUGUAUUUACUAAUUAUUUUAUUUAAAUAUUUGUAUAUUAAUAAAUUACAAAAAAUACUUGAAAAUACCUAUUUUUAAUACUUUUGAAAUACAGUAUUUGAAUACGUAUUCUGAAUACAUUUGAAAAGUAUUCUUAACAAGACUGGAAUGUAAAUGUUUACAUUUUUUCUGUAUUAGUUUAAGUUAGAAAAUUAUGAAAACUUCAAAUUAGAUUAAUUUGUUUUUAUAAAAUUUGUUCACCAAUGUGCAUGCUUACGGCUUGUCUUUAAGAUAUUGAGUUGAAUGUAGUGUAUCAUAUAUAUAUUACAAUUUGUGUAUUAGCUAACAAAAAUAAAAUUAUGAUUUUUUUUAA